GCCACGGAGCAACCACGGGCUAUUUACCACAACAACAAAGAUGGCGGUGUGCAUGUGCUUGUUUCGUAGAUUGAUGUGACAUCGGAAUACAGUUAUUUGGGUUUUUUUCCCCUUUAACCCGCAGUUCGGAUAUGAUAAUGAUAACCACAUUAUCAUUUAAUUCAUAGAACGUGAGAUACAGCAAAUCCCGAACUAGUUUAAGUUCAGUGCACCGUGAGUAGAUCGGGCAGCCAAGUCGUUCGUGGAUGAAAAGUGUUCAAUUUGUUAUAGGAUUAAACUGCACAGAACCGUACACAAAAUAAUUUUCACUAUACCUUAACGGGUUGAUGUGCAUCAACCAACUAGUGCCUAUGUGUGUCAGCGAUGUCAACGUGCAGUUAUACUCUUGAAGAUGUGUGUGUGGCCAUCCCAAUCGAAGUCGAGCAGACGACGUUUUCCAGUGACGGUGGAUGGAUAGCGGGUGCUUUUUUAUUGGCCUCUUCAUUGGGGCAUUAGUAACAGCUGUCCUCGUUAGACCUUGCCUGAGAGAAUGGCAGAAGAAGAAGCGUCAGGAUGAAGAAGAGCGGAUGUGGAAUGGUGCAGUGGUGGCCCCAGUUGUCACAGCUCAGGCAGUUGAUACCCACAAGGUUGUUGAGGAGAAAACAGGAAAGAAGAAGAAAGGAUCACUUUUCAAGCGUAGAAAAAAGACAGAUGAGACUAAUGAUCAGGAAGAUGCAGAUACUGAGCCUGGGAAGUACAAGGGGAUGGUGGAUGUCAUUGUCCAGACCAACAGUGUUGGAGCUGAUGGUGAGAUGGCACAGCAAGACUUGAACAACAUCAAAACUAUGGAGACAGAGCUUGACAAUGAAAGGGAACUUCUGCUGCUUCGGUGUCUGGACGGUUUGAUGAAGACAUUGGUGGUGAAGAAGGACAUCACUGAGGACUACUACAGGACAUUCAUGAAGAGGACAGGUGAAGACAUUACAGACAUAAGGAAAAUGGUGGAGACUGAGCGGCAAGAGGCAGAGGAGGAGGCCAAGAACAACAGCAAGCUGAGCAAGGACCCCCAAGCACUAGAGUCUCACCUUGACAACCUUCAGACACAAGCCAGCAGCAAACAGAACCAGCUACAGAGAGAACAGAGAGAGAAGAUGAGACAAGAUCUCAUACGUUCGUCUGGAAUGUCAGAAGCUGAGGUGGAGUCACUGAUGGAGAAGCUGAUGGACCAGAUGGCAGCACUGGAAGAGAAGAUUGGUGCAGAGCAAGCCAGGCAGAGGAGGGUUCUGCAGGAGCGGCUGGCCAAGAGACAGCAAGUACUGGAGUACAACAAAAUGCAGGCUGACAACCAGACCCAGGACAUUAACACUCAGCAGAUGGUGCUGGAUGAUGUCCUCACAGGGCUUGUAACUGACAAGAAACUUGUAGACAAGCAACAGGAGGAAUUACUCCAGCAGUACCGGGAGGAUGUAGACAACAUUAGGGCACACUACCAUAAAGAGGCAGUACAACAGCAGGAAAGUCUGGCUGAGAAGCUACGACAACGUCGACAAAGACGUAUGCACAAGUUGGCUGAGAAACAAGCCAAAGAAAGGGCAACGUUUGUCCAGACAUCUGACAAGGGUGUUUCAGCUACAGAGUUUGUUCAGGGAUACCAUAAAAUGAUGUGUCAGCAGCAUAUAGAGAAGGAAGAAGUUUGCACUGAGCUGGACCAGUCGGACAUUCAGGAGAUGGACAAGAUGGACAAGGAACUGAGGGGGCAGGAGCUAUCUGAUGUGGAGGAGAAGCUGGGAACACAGAUGGCGGAGGUGGGUCGCCAGGGCAACAUGAGCACCACCGAUGUCAACCACCUUCUCAGGCAACACCGUCAUCAGAUGGACGAUUACCAUGGUCGUAAACAGAAGGAGCGGCAGGCAAUGCUGGCCCGACUCCAAGAGCGGUUGGCCCAUAGACUGCAGGUGGUGUCUGAACAGGAGCAGGAGGAAGAGCUGGAGAUGGACACCUUGAAGCAGCAGCAGCAGGACACCCUCAACAAAGUCCUGUUUUCCAAUCUUGAGCUCUCACAAGAUGCCCGAGAACGGAUUCUGAAGGAACACAACCAGAACAUGCAGUACCUCUCUAACCAGCUGCAGCGCAGUAAGAUGAGGCAGCAAAAGAGCCUUGAGGUCAAACUGAAUCAACGCAGAGCCAAGCUAGCAGAUAUGCAAGCCAGACAUGCCGAAAUGAGAAGAGCUAAACAAAAUGCAAAACAGAAAGAAAAAGAUAAACUGGAAAAACAGCUGGCUGCAGAGAUGAGUGUGGAGGAGGAGAGGCUGGAAGCUGGCAGACAGGCAGCAUUGCAGGACCUGAAGCAGCAGCUGGCCCGAGAGACAGAGGAGGCACUGAAGCAGCAGGACCAGGAGAUCGGACUGCUGAUUGGCAAGCUGCAGGUGGGACAGGCACGGAGGCAAGCUAUAUUGAGGAAACAGGACAAGACAAUGAAGGAGCUUCAGGACCAGUUGGAGCGGCGAAUGACGCAGGACGGGGAGCUGCCGCGCAGCUACACAGAUCAGCUCAUACAGCAGCACCACAACCAGGUGGAGAACCUCAACGAACAGAUCCAGCACAACAGACAGAAACAGGAGAGGAUCAUCAUGGAGAAACUACAGACCAAACGCCAUAUGAAGGAAAAUCAGUUAGAGACACAGAUAGAGGAGGAGACUCAGGUGGAAUAUUAUCACCAACAGCAGCACGGGGCAGGUCGUGCUAGUGGUGUACUGAUGAACAUUCUCAUGGAACAGCGCCACCAAAAGGCCAUGGGUGAGCUUGAAACUGAGAUGAAGACAGAACUAGAGAAGUCCAAGGAGGAACUGAACACAGCCUUGGAACUCGAACUUCAGAAAGAGCUUGAGAGCCAGAAACAGCAGUUGCUGACCCAGUUGGCGGCUGUCAGCGGCAUCUCCAAUGAUGAUCUGAAUGAUGCUGUCAGCGCAGCAGUUACAGAGACUGGUGUUGGAGAUGAAAAAGCCAAGAAGCUGGCCAAAGAUUUGCGUUCCGGUAUCAAGCGGGCCAAAUCUUCUCUGUCUGCAGCCCAAGAUGACUCAGAUGAAGAAUAUGGUUUACAGAGGCUGCGCACUGAUGCAGAUGGGUUUACCCGGGACCACAGUAGCCAGGGCCAACGCCCAGCCAGCAGCAAGAAGAAGAAGAAGGGGCUGAAGGCCAGAGCUCAACCUGCCUUUGCUGACAAUUACGGCUACGAGAAUGAAGAUGACGAUUUCUAGUGUUUUCACACCAUAUAUCAAACUCAUUUGCUGACGACCACACCACUGACUAAGGAUGACUGUUUUGGUCCUAAGCAUAUAGUGAGUAGUAGACUCAAAGUUCAGGGUGAUCAAGAGUGGUUGUUUACCACUCUGUAUGUCUGUGAUAGUGAUUGUGAUGUCCUGACACAAUCGUUGACUGAGUAGCUUUGUUUGUUGGAGAAUACACAGUACUGCCCCGACAUAUACAGGUUAGUACAUCACCGACACACAACAUUGACUUUAACAUUGUUGGUCUACCAAAUGUCAAAAUUUGUUAUUGAGAUUUAUAACUGACAAGUUGGCUGGUAACUGUGAAAGUGUGACACUGAAAGUUGCUCAUAUUGAUACUUCAGUCUUUCCUUGCAUACACUUGCUAAAGGACCAUGUCUGCUGACAGUCAUUUGACAAUAGCAACAUUAGAGAUCUUGUAUACCUGAUAGUAACUAUACACCACUGGAAACCCCCUGUCUCUUAAUUGAUACGUGUAGAGUGAUUGGUUCUAUGUCAAGGAUUUUUUAAAGUUUGACAAGGUCAGGUCUCUCCUUUCACAUCUGAGAACUUUCAAGGAGGAGGAAGAUUCACAGUUUUAUCUUGAACUAAUCUUAACUUUCUUGUCAUUCACUGUCUCUGAAAACAUGUUGAAAAUAUCAAUAAAGCCAUGUUUAUUUCUGGAUGUUAUAUAAUGCACCAAAUAAGGCACCAAAUAAGGCAUCAAAAGGAGAAUGGACACAACGUAUGUGCACUUCAAGUCAACAUGAGAGCUUGUUCAGUUUAGAUUAAGAUAAGAUUCUAUUUGAAUUCAAGAUAUUCAUUUCCUUUCUUGUAAGAUAUAAAAUGUAAUGCUUUAAAACACCUUUGUUUUGCUUUUGGUAUAUUUUACCCUGAGAUGUCAUGUAUAUACCCACCCCAAAACUUAAUUAUGAAGUCCCCAGUACAUACACACCAAGGCAUGUCCCUAUAUGAAGUAGUUAUUGCUGGACAUGAGCAGGGUUGUCAUGAUCGAGUAUUGGAUAACCGAAACCUUGUACCUUUGUGUAAAAGUAAUAUUAACGUGUAUGCGUUCAUGUAUCAACUACACUACAGGGGAGGAUAUGUAUCACAAUGUAUAUAUCAACUUUAUCAUCUGAACUUGUCACAAACCAGUAUGAGAUUUUAUGAUUGCACAUCAUCUGUCUGUCAUUGUGUAAAGAUUUUGAGCUCUGAAUGUUGAUGGUAGUUCAGGCCAUCAAAAGGAAGCCAGGUUGGAAUGAUGACCUUCUUCAUGAAAGACUCUUUAAUUUCUGUGGCUAGUCAUAUCAGUUGAUUGGUUCAAAUGUAGGCACUUAGAGGCACUUAGCUCUGGACCUGUUUGUGCUUAGAGUCACUUAGCUCUUGACCUGUUUGUGCUUAGAGGCACUUAACUCUGGACCUGGUUGUGCUUAGAGGUACUUAGCUCUGGACCUGGUUGUGCUUAGAGACACUUAACUCUGGACCGCAUUGUGCUUAGAGGCCCUUAGCUCUGGACCUGGUUGUGCUUAGAGGCACUUAACUCUGGACCGCAUUGUGCUUAGAGGCACUUAGCCCUGGACCGCAUUGUGCUUAGAGGCGCUUAUUUCUGGUUCUGGUUGUGCUUAGAGGCAUUUAGCUCUUGAUUUGGGUGUACUUAGUUCUGGACCUGAUUGUGCUGAGAGGCACUUAUUUCUGGCCUGGAAAACUAUCCUGUUGAGUAUAGAAACGUUGCUUUAUCAUAACUGUGGUAAAAUUAGUGUCUGGAAAAAUCAUUUGGGAAACGAAAAGCUUUGAAAUCAAUGCCUUUAAACGUAUGUCAGUGACAAUCAUGAUUAACCAAGAUUUGUUAUAUUAGGACCUGCCAACCUGCUGGAAACAAAGUUGCCUUGUCCCAUGUGUACAUUGAUUUUACUCUCCAGUGUUCAGCAUUCCUUGUGUACAUUCUACAACUUUACCUCCAACGUUAUAUUGUAACAAUCUCCAGUCUUGGACAUUUAGCAAGUAUGGUAACAACAAUCUAUAUUUUGUCCAUCAUGAAAGCUACUUGGAUACCUGUAAUGGUAUGAUAUGCACAGUUCUCUGUAUUUCUACACCAUUGUUACUUAUUAUCUAAGAUUUAUGUCUUUAAAAUAUUUCGUCUAUUUUUGCAUACUGAUAUUGUUUUGUAUACUUUGUAUGACAGAAUAGUUUUCAAACAUUGUCUGUUAUUGUCAGGAUUGUUUACAUGAUGCAGAAGUAAACAGCUGAACAGUA